AUGCGCAAACCAAAGCCUCCCGUCGCUGCACCGGGGACGCGGAGGGGUGACGCGUAAAGGAAUGUCGCAUCUCUGGGAUGCGACGGGAUCUCGCACAACAGAUGGAGCCUCGUGCCCCUGCGGUUAGGGGUACGGUUAAUACCGAGUGAAGGGGCGUGGUCUCCCUCUAAGAUCACCGCCUCACUGUAGCACACUGUACAUCAAAAACACACACACACACACACACACAUCAAAACGCAGAGCCGUGGCGCGGCUCUCCGCGCGCUUCCACCGGAGGAGACGAGUUGGUCUGCACGAGGACGCGCGACCUGAAAUGACUGCUCCUCUGAUCGUGCCUCUCUGGAUGCCUCGCCUCCGCCGCUGAACCGGAGGAGGAGGAGGAGGAGGAGGAGGGGGAGAGAUCGGGGAACGGACGGGACACUCCGGAGCUUUUCGGGGAAGUCAGCGCUGCACGGCGGCUCCGUCGGGAUCGCGCCCGCUUUACGUAACCGAGCUUCGUGCCGGUGCCGAGCUGUUGGAUCGCCGCGAGGACGCGCAGGUUAUACAGAGCGGAGAACAAUCGCAAAAGCUCGUCCAUCAACUCGGCAUGACCGCUGAAGGCGCCGUCUCCGCCCACGAGUGAGCACGUCGGGAUGAACGCGGGCCGCGGGCAGGACGGAGGGGCAGUCGCGGUGGAGGCCGACGUCAUCCUCCACGCCGUGAACCCCGACCUCGUCACACCUUCUGACGACGACGAUGGGCAUUCGUCCUCCAGCUACGUCCAGGGGUUCCCUGUGGACGACCAGGACUUCAGUCCUCCUCCGCUGUUUGAGAAGGAAUACCUGCUGGAUGAAAUGCUGAUGGAGAACAACCACGUGGGGCGCCAGAAAGGCGCCGUCUCGUGGGCGGAUCAGUACGGCGUCUCCAAGGGUAACGGAAACUGCGCGAGCGGUGACGCCCACAACGGCGCCAGAGCGAAAGUCUCUUUCAGCCCGGAUUCCCCAGUUGGCCCACCGGAUCGAGCCGAGCAGGAAAACGAUUGGUCGGCUCUGAAACUGACCCUCGAGCGCAGGGGCGGCCCCCAGGAAGCUGGAAAUAAGCAUUCCCAAAACCCGCCUGAUCUGGUCAUCGAAGUCGGCGGGCAGAAGAUCGACGUUCACAAGGCCAUCCUGGCAGAGAAGAGCGACUACUUCAAGGCGCGGCUGUCCCGAGACAUCUUGAAAGUGAAGGGCUUGAGCUACAAGACCCUGACCACGUUAAUCGACUACGUUUACACGUCUCGGAUGAAUGUUUGCAAGGGCAACGUGGUGGAAGUGAUCACGGGGGCCAAGAUCCUCCAGAUGCCCUGUGCCGUCCAGGCGGCCAUGGACUCCAUGUCCGAACAGAUCACCGCGGAGAACUGCUACGAGAUCCUGGCCAUCGCCAAAAAGCAGCGACUCAGCGAACUGAAGGAGACCGCCUACGGCUUCAUGAGCGACAACUUCCUCCAGGUCCUCAAAGACCCCGCCGCGUAUGGCCGCCUCAACGGAUCCGAGCGGGAUCUGAUCCUGAGGAAGCGAAUGGAGGGGAGGCAGACCCUAAUGGUGGCGGAGAUCAACGACGUGUUCGAUCGCGUCGGGAGCCGCCCGCCGAGCCGCUGCGGCAGCCGCCCGCAGAGCCCCCUAUCGGUCGGCUCUUUGGAGGACAGUCACAUGAUUUACCACUUUAACGAGGCGGCAAACGACUGGAGACCUUUGACCGCGAUGCCCGAGGACGUCAACACCAAAGGCUGCGGGAUGUGCACCAUGUACAACUACCUGUUUGUGGCCGGGGGGAUAAAGGGCUACGGGGACAAGGGCAAGGUCUCCGACAAGGUCUUCUGCUUCAACCCCGUGACCAACCGCUGGGCCGAGGUGCGACCCCUGACCCAGGCUCGCGCCCAGCUCAAGCUGGUGUCCAUGGACGGGUACUUGUACGCCAUCGGAGGGGAGUGCCUGUUCACGGUGGAGAAGUACGACCCUCGCAUGGACCGCUGGACCGCGGUGGCCCCCUUGCCCAAGGGCGCCUUCGCGGUGGCCCACGAAGCGACGACCUGCGGCGGCGAGCUGUACGUCUCGGGGGGCUCCCUCUUCUACCGCCUCCUGAAGUACGACGCCAAGCGGGACGAGUGGCAGGAGUGCCCCUACAACAACAGCAGGAAGAAGUCCUCCGACAUGGUGGCCUUCAAAAGCUUCAUCUACCGCUUCGACGUCAACCGCGAGCACGGGAUCACCGUGGUCAAGUACAACAGCAUCGUGAAGAUGUGGCACGACUGCGCGGCGCAGAGGCUCGGGAGUCAUCUGCCCUUCCGGUGCGCCGCCAUCGGGAACUGCAUCUACUGCGUGAACAAAAGCCAGACCCUGCGCUUCGUGGUGGAGGAGGAGAACGCCUUCUUCGUCGAGGAGACGCUGAGGGCGCCUCUGGAGGCCAAAGGGCUUCUUUUUCCUUUCGUUCUCACUCUGCCGGAAAAGCCUCAAAAAGUGACAUAGUGUGUGUGUGUGUGUGUGUGUGUGUGUGUGUGUGAGCGGGCCUGUGUGUGUGUGCGCGUGAGGGUGUUCAGGCCAACAAAAUAAAUGUGUACUUGCAAAACUGGAAUCGGCAGAAGAGCGUGUAAACAUUCUUUAAUGUCAGCUUCUAUUUCGGUGUCUCAUUACCUGCUUGCGGUGGAAUGUGUGUAUUUGCAUGGCGAUUUAGUGUUAAAGCCUUAAAGGGAAAACUUUUUUGUGUCGUUUUUUUCUUCUUUUUUUUUUAGAGUUGAAUGAAUGCAAUGCUUACUGUAAACAUGAUGACAGUGACUGUAGGUUGUUUUUGUGGUUUAGGAUUGAUAUCAUUCAGAGCUUAAUAACUAGUUGACUGGUGAUAAGCGUUUUGUUGAAAGUGGUAUAAAAGAAGGGUAGAAAGCAGUCAUAGUGCGCCUUAUGAAUGAUGCAACGCAGGUUCUAUGCAAAUGAGACCAAAUAGACAGGUGGGUCUGCUGUAAUGCUAUUUAAUAAUGACUACAAUAGGAAUACAACGUGGAAGGAACGCAACAGUUCUUCUAAGGCAUGCAGCAACUAGGAAUAUAUAUAUUUUUUUUGUGAUUAAGCAAUUAUUUUUGUCAGAUGACAAUGAAACAACACAUUUUCUAAUUUGCCAUACCCCAAGAAGAUGCAUUCAAGUGUCCUGUUACAACCAACAGUCCAAAACCCAAAUAUUUUGGUUUAUUAUUAUUAGAGAAUUUAAAAGAGUCUCAGAUCCUCACAUUUGAGAAACUGAAAAUGGCUAAAAAAAAACUAAAAACUAAAUAUGAAAAAAAAAAGUGAAUAGAUGAUUAAUUGCAGCUCUGACUCCAGACCUAAUCUUCACUGGCUCUGAAUCAAACCCCGAAAACAGAUUUAAAAUCCCUUAAACUGACUCAGUCACUUCACAGUUGUCCCUUGGGAGAACUUUUAAACUGGAUGGUGACCUCUUGUUUGUUAUUACAGGAAAAGCUGGAAUUCCUGCUAUCAAGAACAAAAAACCAUAAUCUACAUAAGUUAUCAGAAACUGAAGUACACAUCAGUAAAUGUCUUUACUUUUGCAAUCAGAGAAAGCUGUUUUGGUUAUAGUCCAUAAUCUACUCACAGGUGUCACAGGUCCUACAUUUAUCACCCUUGCCAAAGAAAAAUAAUCUAAACCUAUAAAAGACUUUUGCAUCUUUUGUGUAUUAAACUCACAGAUUUGAGUAAUAAAAGGAAAGCAAUAGGUGUUGUUUUUUUAAGAGGAAUGAUAUUGUGUUGCUGCUAACAGGCACUUUCUGGGAUGUUGAGGGAAAGUAAGACAUUUAGAAUACAAAACGACGUGAUCUGUAUGUAUUCAUCUCCCUGUAAGUGUUCAAGGAAACAGCCACACGCCCACGUUCAAGUGCUAGCGGGUCCAACCCCACGGUGCUGGAAGGAGGUCGGGGGUCAUGACACUAACACUAACAAACCCCUUUGUUUUUGCCUUUCACAGUGUUUGCUUUGCAACAACACAUUUGAAUGGAGGUCAAUGGUGAUAUACUCCUGGAACAAGUUGCUUUUGAUACAUUUUUUUGAGAACAACAAUGUGACAAGGACAAAGUGGAUGUGGUUUUAAUAUUUUGCUGGCUUGAAACUGUAUUUUUGUGAUUUUUUUUUUUUGGUUUGGAUUUGCUGCAAUGAUGGACCGUAAAGUGGUGCAAUGUUAGGCUUCCGGUUCGAGGCAUAUGGAGUGGGCUAACAACUAAACUAGCUGUUGGAUAAUGUAUAUCAGUCAGAACUAAGUGCUAAAAAUAAAAAUAUAUUUGUGUCUGAAAAUGA